UUAGAGGAAAUAACAAGCAAAAACAAAGAAACAAAAAAACCUAAGGAAUCUAAAACUCGACUACUUCAAGAAUCCGAAAGGCUUCAGAGGCCUCUACCUCUGUCUUGGGCAAACUUAUCUGAUUAUAAGGAGGAAAAUCCUUUGAGAGGAAUAAUGGGUGAAACGGGUAAGCGUUAUCGUUCUCAGAGAGACCAUGAUGGGGGCAACAAGAACCAAAAGAGGCGUUUUAACGACAGAGAGGAAAAGGGUAGUGAUGAAAUGGUUGUUUAUAGGAUUCUAUGCCCUGAUGGGGUUAUUGGAAGUGUUAUUGGUAAGAGUGGGAAAGUGAUAAAUACAAUAAGGCAAGAUACUAGAGCGAAAAUCAAGGUUGUGGAUCCGUUUCCAGGUGCUAAAGAUAGGGUUAUAAAUAUAUACAGCUAUGUUAAGGAUAAGGAAGAAGUCGAAGUUGAUGAUGAGUUCAGUGAUAGGGAACCUCUGUGUGCUGCCCAGGAUGCUCUUCUUAGAGUUCAUACUGCCAUUUCAAAUGCAUUGGCUUCUGUUGGAGACUCUGACAAGAAACGGAGAGAUAGUAGGGAAGACUGUCAAAUUCUUGUUCCUUCUAGCCAGUCUGCAAAUAUAAUAGGUAAGGCUGGCUCGACUAUAAAGAAACUGAGAAGCAAGACGAGGACCAACAUUAAGAUUGUUGCAAAAGAUGCCACUGACCCAACACAUUCAUGCGCUAUGGACUUUGACAAUUUUCUUAUGAUAAAUGGAGAAUCCGAAGCAGUGAAAAGAGCAUUGUUUGCAGUCUCUGCAAUUAUGUACAAGUUUGCUCCGAGGGAAGAGAUUCCUCUUGAGACAUCAGUACCAGAAGCCCCUCCAAGCAUAAUUAUCCCAUCAGAUGUCUCUAUUUAUCAACCAGGUGGAAUAUAUCAAAGUGCAGAUCCUAUCGUCCCUUCUAGAUCUGUACCUCCAAUUAUAGGUGCUACACAUGUACAAGAUCUUCAAGGUUACGCGGAUACAGGGAAUACAUGGCCCAUAUAUUCAUCUGCCCUUCCUUUAGUUUCUGGUUUCAGUGUUGCCUCCCGAUCCGAGGAGUUAGUUGUGCGAGUACUGUGUCCUUUUGACAAAAUUGGUCGUGUAAUUGGCAAGGGUGGGGGCACAAUUAAAAUCAUUAGGCAGGCAAGUGGCGCUCGUGUCGAGGUUGAUGAUACCAAGGACCGUGAUGAGUGUAUAAUUACUGUUGCCGCAACAGAGUCGCCCGAUGAUCUGAAAUCCAUGGCAGUUGAAGCUGUUCUGUUGCUGCAAGGGAAGAUAAAUGACGAAGAUGAUGACUCUGUUUCUAUUCGACUUCUUGUUCCAUCUAAAGUUAUUGGUUGUAUUAUUGGAAAAAGUGGUUCAAUUAUAAAUGAAAUCCGAAAGAGAACAAAAGCUGACGUCCGUAUUUCAAAAGCUGAUAAGCCUAAAUGUGCUGAUGCUAAUGACGAACUUGUUGAGGUGGCAGGAGAACCCAGUAGUUUGAGGGAUGCACUUAUUCAGAUUGUUCUGAGGCUCCGGGACGAUGUCUUAAAGGACAGAGAUGGUGGUCAUAACCCCUCUGGUGGUGCUGAAUCCCUGUACUCCGGUGGCACUGGUCUCUCAAUCCCAUCUGUCCUGCCUUCUGUCCCCCCAGUUACUUCAUUGGGUUAUGAUCAGAGGGCUGAAAGUGGAAGUGGCUUGGGCAUGCAUUCUUCUGGUAGCCUCUAUGGAUAUGGAUCUAUGUCGAUGGGAGAAAAUGGCUAUGGAUCCAUGUCGUCUUAUUCAUCCAAGUUAUAUGGAGGGUUGCCACCCCCUUCAACACUUGAGAUGUUAGUUCCUGCUAAUGCAGUUGGUAAGGUGCUGGGCAAAGGAGGGGCAAAUAUAGCCAAUAUUCGGAAGAUAUCAGGAGCAAUGAUAGAGAUCUCUGACUCCAAAUCUUCCCGAGGUGAUCGUAUUGCUCAUAUAUCUGGCACACCUGAACAGAAGCGUACAGCAGAGAACUUGAUUCAGGCGUUUAUAAUGGCCCCCUAACUUCCUAGGGUGCUUCUUGCUGUUUAAAGGUGAAUAGUCCUUUAGGCUAAUAUAUGUCCGAUGUGUACAGCAGAGAAUCUUGGGCAUUUCUCUUCCUAUCCUAGUCCUUUAGGUUUGGUUUUGGAGAAGGCUUCUUUUCUAGGCUUAUUCAACUUGACUCUUCCUGAUUUUCCCACUAAAGCGGGUAUUGAGACUGAGCCAGAGGAUUCACUGCAGGGUUUAUGCUUAGGCAUGUAGCCUUCUGUCUGUCGCCGAAUCUAUUCUUAAUCUACAAUAUUAGUUCCUUUCUUUCCUGUCACAUCACUUCAUCUGGUCUUAUCUUCGCUAAUAUAAAGUUCAUCUUUUUCGGUAUUGUCACACCCUAUAUUCUAUAAUUUGAUGUUCUUGCCAGUUUCAGUAAUGACCAUGAUUGUCAAUCUUAUUAUAUAUGCAUGUUAUUUCUCUGGCCAUUCAACUCUUGCUCUCAGCAUCUUGCUCUCAGCAUCUUCUCAAUCAAUUGUGCAAGUGAAAUGCUAUUGGUAAUGAUCUCUUCUUUUUGCUGUUCUGCGUAAUUUAGAUGCAUACAGCAGCUUAAACGGAGAGGAACCACUUUCUGCAAUUAGAUAAACCCAAGGGAAUCUUUUUCCUUCUUUAUUCUCUAUCUUCUGUCCUCAUCUCGGGCAUGUGAAACAUCUUCACAUAAUCAAAAUUUUGAAAUCACUGUACAUGUGAAAUACUAAUUGAUCUCUUGACUUGUUUUGCCGCCAUCCUCACGACAAGCAUAGUAAAUCUCUCAACAUUUCUCUAACAUUAAUCAGUGUGCCCUGCACAUUGAAAUCUUUUGCUUCAUAAGAUCCUUGGAUAAAUCAAUAUUCACAAUUAUGGAGCUGUCUUUUUGACAGCGUGACUUCAUAUUGCCCUCUUGAUCGCAAUGGUUUUGAGCAGCUAUAGGAUUUUGUUUUUGCUAUCUGAAUCUAAUCCAUGAGUGAACUACUGUGCUUCCAGAGCUACUUAGUUUCUCUUUUCACAAAUUCAACUAAGCUAGGUAUUCAAUAUUACUAAUUGCAAGAAACAGAUUAUCUGCAUUAAUGAUGUCAGCGCAUUCUCUCAACCCAUGUUAUCUCCUCAUAGAUCAAACUGCUUGCAGAUUGAGAUGCCAUCUAGUUCUGGUGGAGAUUGAGUUACCAUAUUCUAGUUCUAGUUGUCCAUUUCGUGGUCGAAUUUUUGUCUGCAAAUGUGGCCUGACUGUGUUGCAGUAUUGCUGUUUAGCGAUGAUGCUCCCCUAGAACCUGCAUGCUCUUUGACAUAAUGCCACUCGGAUCAUGUCUAGAUGGUUGUUGUAGUGGUUUGGCACUAAUUGUUUACAGUGCUGAAACUUCUUGCUUCAGAUAUAGAUAGAUAUAGGUUGUACAGAACUGUAGAAUUUUAGAUCAGUUCCUUUACACUAGCCAUAAAGAGGAUGUAUCACCAAACCCAUGAAACUCAAAUCCAUUCCCUUCAUAUUGAUCACAAUGAAAAGCUCGUAGGUUGCUGAGAUAAUAGGACGUAUCAACAAGCCACUUGAAAUUCAAUUUCUUUCCUUCAUAUUAGUCCCAAUGGAAAGUUCAUAUGGGUGUUCAUAUUGGCUCAUAGGUACUUAAGACCGUCUUUUUCAAGGUCUAGUUACUUCAGCUCCAUUUCGACUUUAAGAUUGUUGUCAAGCCACUCUCCUCAAACAGACCUUGUACUCUUGUAUUUUGACUUCAAGUGCAUUUCUAGUGUUUAGAGUGGAAGUCAAGAAAUCCAAUUAAG